AUGCGCCGCAUCACACAUUGGUGCCCUGCUGCCGCCACUCCUGCUGCUUGCGGAGGCUGUGGGCUCCCUCGGUGUGUGCUGGGCACUGUGCGCGUGCCGUGGGCGAUGGCUCCCCCUUUAAUUGUGUGUNUGGUGCCCUGCUGCCGCCACUCCUGCUGCUUGCGGAGGCUGUGGGCUCCCUCGGUGUGUGCUGGGCACUGUGCGCGUGCCGUGGGCGAUGGCUCCCCCUUUAAUUGUGUGUGUGUGGCUCUGGUGAAUGUGUGCUCCGGAUCCAGAGGCCGUUUGUUUCUCGUUUCAUUGCUGCCCCUUUGCGGGCUCUGCGCCGCUUGA